AUUAUAGAUCUGUCCUCUGAACUUAAAUAUCAACUUCAUCUCCCCCGUCACCAUCAUCCUCUCUUUCUCAUUUGUGAACAAUACAACUCCACAGUGCCAGACUUUCCGUUUCCUUUUGAUGCAGUUUCCAUUUCCUUUCCCAUAAAUAUUUCCGGCAAUAAAUUCUAAAUUCUAAAUCAUACACUUGUCAUUUAUUAACGCAAUACCCAUUCUCCAAAAAACCUCUCUUCCCAUAAACACAAAUAUAUAUUCCCAGAAAACUAUAGACGAAGAGAGAAACAAAAAAAUAAUCCCAUGGAGAUGACAAGAAACCACUUCUUAACAUUGUUACUCGGAGUCUCUAUAUCCGCACUCGCCAUCCUACUCUUCCUUAUCUUCUGCACAAGAAGAAAACGUUCUUCUACUGAGUCUGAUCAACACGACGUCGAGUCCCAUGGAUUCUCCUCAGAGGCAGAGGAGCUCGUGACGUUUCACGGCGGAGAAGAUCUCACGAUCUGCGAUAUCCUAGAUGCUCCCGGAGAAGUCAUCGGAAAAUCAAGCUACGGCACUCUGUACAAGGCGUCCUUGCAGCGUAGCGGUAAAGUUAGGGUUCUCAGAUUUCUCCGACCGGUUUGUACUCUGAGAUCGGAUGCUAUGGAGUUUAGCGGCGUCAUCGAGACGCUUGGGGUUGUUCGACACGAGAACUUGGUUCCUCUGUUGGGUUUCUAUGGUGGAAACAGAGGAGAGAAGCUUAUGGUUCAUCCUUUCUUCUCUUCCGGGAAUCUUUCAGACUUCAUCAGAAGUGGAGAUGAUGAAUCAGUAAAAUGGAUUAACAUUUUACGCAUCAGUAUUGGAAUAGCCGAAGCUCUUGAUUAUCUUCACAGUAAGAUGCAGAAACCAAUCGUCCACGGCAAUCUCAAAUCCAAGAAUGUUCUUCUGAGCUCGAGUUUCGAACCUAGAGUAUCUGAUUUCGGUUUGCAUCUGCUCUUAAACAUAACGUCAGGACAAGAGAUUCUUGAUGUUUCUGCAGCUGAGGGGUACAAAGCUCCUGAGUUGAUAAAGGUGAAGGAAGUGAGCAAAGAGAGUGAUGUGUAUAGUCUCGGUGUGAUCAUGCUUGAGCUAGUCUCUGGUAAAGAACCGAUAAAUAAGAAUCCAACAGGCGAUGAUGAGUUGUAUCUUGCUGAUGUCAUGAGGAAUGCUGUCCUUGAUCAUAAGUUGUCUGAUCUGUACCGUCCCGAGAUUCUCAAGAGUAAUGGUGAUCAUAUGAGUGAAGAAUGUGUCCUCGAGUAUUUUCAGCUUGCAAUGUCUUGUUGCUCUCCUUCGCCUUCCCUUAGGCCAAACAUCAAGCAGGUCUUGAGGAAACUCGAAGACAUCAAGAAAUGUUAGACGAAUUUAAGAAUGAUUGGGGUAAGAACGAAAGAAGGAACCGAUACAAUUCUUUACCAAGGUUCUUGAUUAAAAGAUCAUAGUCAAAGGACAAAUAGGAGUUGCUACCGAGGCAAAAGACUUCUGAUAUGAUCAGUGGCUUGAGGAGGAGAUGCGGAACAUUGACAUGAAUCUGGCAAGUCUCAAGCUGUUAGUGAAGACAACAAUGAACAAGUUAUUAGGAUAGUAACAUAACUGUAAAGGGGAGAGGAUUGUACUUUAGAAGUUUACACAUCUUGUGAGAGGUGUGUGGGGGAUAGUCUUCUGACUAUAGGACAGAUAGAGACUCUGUGUCAAACGUCAUUGUAAUUUGUAAUCUUUGAUUUCAUUAACUUUUUCUUAUCAAA